AUGACAGGCUCGCCCAGAAAAGUUCUAAAGCCCCAACGAGAAAGAGCAAAGAAGUCGAACUUUAUGAGAAGAGUUCGAAUCACAUUCACAGACCCAUAUGCUACGGAUUGUUCAAGCGAAGAAGAGGGUGAAUCUGUGAUGAUCAAUGGCUGCAAGCGAUUCGUGAAGGAGAUUCUUGUUCCUAUCAGAUCAUGCGGAGGAAACCUGAAAGCGGGUCCCAGUUCUGCCACCAGCACCAGCCGGAGGAAGCGGAAAUCGUCAGGCUUACCGAGAGGGGUGCGACGUCGUAAAUGGGGGACAUACGUUGCGGAGAUCCGGGACCCAUUUCGAAGGGUCCGAAUGUGGCUGGGAACAUACAAUACUGUGGAAGAAGCUUCUUUGGCUUAUGAGGAGAAGAGGAAGGAAUUUGAAAGCUUGCUGUCCCGUCCAUCUCCAUCAUCUGUGCUUGACGUCACUUCUAAUAAUAAUAAUAAUAAUAAUUCAAUGGGUAGUGAUGAGAGUGAUGGUUCUGUGAAUGUAGAACAGUAUUAUGAAGAAGAAGGGUACAUUCAGCACUUGUUAGAGGAGCCAAUUGUGCCAUUACUGGAGGUUAGAGGAAUGGUGUUUGGUGGUGAAUCUGACAAUAAUUUGGACGUUAAUGAUAAUAAUGAUGAUGAUGGUGCUAAUGGAGGUUUGAUCUGCGAUGAUAAUAAGGAGGAAGCAGAAGAAGAAGAGGGUGAAGGGAGAACAGGUGUUCAGUCUGCUGGGAGUGAUUCUAGUGAUAAUGUAGAGUUAGAUUGGAUUGAUGAAGCUCUCAAUGAUGAUGAAUGGCCUUGGGAAUGA